AUGGACAUAAAUUUUGGUUCAAACACAGUUUGGGAAGUUUUAUCGGUUCGGGUUUUGAAUGAGGAAAGGUUGGUUUUUCAUUGAAAAUUGAAAAUGUGCUCUAUUGCUGAACAUUUAUUUUUUGAAAUAUUUGAAUAUUCAGAUUAUUGUUUUUCUCAAAAACUCGAACAUUUCGAAUCGAAUUUCCACGUGAAACUCAAAAAUUCCACGUGGAAUAACUAAUUUUCAAAAUUCAAGAAAUUAAAAAAAUCCCUCAUUUCUCAAUUCACUUUUUCAAUAAAUCAGUAAGUUCAAAAAUUAACAAGUGCGCUCCAGUAAUAAAUGAAUUUCGAUUCAAAACCUCCAAUUUCCCGCAUUUUUUGCAUCAUUUAAAAAUUAUUUUCAAACGACACUCCGCAUAAUGACACUGCAUUUUCAAAGGAAGUUUUUUCUUUUCUUUUCUUUUUUCGCGAAAAAACUCCGAAAAUUGAUAAGAAAUUUGCGAUUACCUCCUAUUUUUGACUAUUUUAUUGAAAUUUGAUGAAUAUUUUCGAAUUUUUCAGCGAAAAUCGACCGGAAAAUCCAGCAGAAAAUAUGGUUGGGGCGAAUGGAAAUGGAUUGUCGGAUGGAACUAGGCGAUUAUUAAUGGGUGCUGCGGUGGCUGGUGUAACUGCAGGUUUAGGAUAUUUGGCAUUUCAACGAUUGACAAGAGAAGAGCGAAUUAGUGUAAGUUUCUUUUGACGGUUUUGGAGAGAAAAGAUAACAAUUCCGAUUUCAGCUCAAACAAUGCUUGGAAAACAUCAAAAACGAGGGAAAUGAUUAUUUCAAGAAUCGCAAUUAUCAAAAUGCACUUUUGGUGAGUUUUUUUUCGGAAAAUUUAGAAAAAGAAUGAAAGUUCAGUUGAAAUGAGCAAUUUUUAAGCAUUUUGCAGUAAGGUGUCAGCAAAGACUGAUUCUAGCGGAUUUAUUGCAUCUAAACAUAACUAAAAUUGAUGUGUUGUCCAAUUUUCACCCAAAAAAUCCCAAAUUUUUAGAAAUUCACCGAAGGAAUCACAAUUGGCGAAGAAAAUGAGGGUCAAGAAAACGGGCUCGUCGCAAUGUUAUAUCAAAAUCGCGCAGCAUGCCGUGAAAAAAUUGGCAACGAAACCGCUUAUGAUAUUUUGAAAGAUUGUUUGGCAGCAAUUCGAAAUGAUAAAGGAUAUGCAAAAGCAUAUUUGAGAGCAUCGAAACAAUUGAAUUUGAUUGGAAAAAAGACGGAUGCGUUGAUUUGUGAGUUUUUUGAAUGGGAAAUUUGGGUUUGAUGUGAAAUUUUGACCCCUAAAAGUUCCUUUUGAUAUAAAUUAAUUUCAGAUCUUCUGGGAGCAUUUGCUCUUGAUCCAAAUCUCAACAAAUUGAAUUUUCAAUUCUACGAAGAACUUUUGACAAUAGAUUUUAGACAAACAAUUAUGCCGCAAGUUCCACGCCUUUUUGAGCGAAAACCAGCACCGGUUGCACUUUAUAGAGUGAAUUUCAGGGAUUUUCGGAUCUGGGCGAGUUCCUAAUUUCAAUCGAAUGUUUCAGAUUCAACAAUGGUUGGAUACUUGGGAUUAUGUUGAUUUGUUCAAAAAAGAUAUUCAAUAUUUUAUUCCAAAUGCUGAAAAUGAAGAGGAAUUGUGAGUCUUUGACUGAAAAUUUAAAAUCCUAAAUUUAAUUUCAGGCUCUACCGAAAAGCUUUGGAUCAAAUCAAAAAUGGAGAAUAUGAGCAAGUUUUAGAAACUUUGGAAUCUGAGGAUUUGGUCUUUGCACCGGCUCAAAUUUUGAGAGGAAAAUUUUUGAAUUAUUCGAUUCAACCGAGCAGAGUAAGUUUUUUAAUAUUGUAAUUUAUCGUAAUUUUUCUAUUUUUUUUAGGCCAUCGAAUAUGCGGACAAUUUUGGAACAAUCACAACAUUGGAAGAAUAUGAAAAUGAUCUUGAAAGACAUGAAUUGAUUAUGGAGGCUUUUCAAAUUUUGAAAAUGGAACUUUGUUUGACUUUUACAGAAUUGGAAGAGUGAGUUUUUUUUUUGAGAAAAUUCAGAUAUUUUAAAUGUAAAGUUGAGAGAAGGUUUUUUGAGUUUAAAAAUCAUAGUUUUUGUAGUUCGCCUAUAUAUUUUUAUACCAAAAAAUUUCAGAUUCAUGAAUGACGUGGCACCGGAAUCGAAAAGAUUCCGAAGAAAUCGAUACGCAAGUUUUGCUGCCAUAAAUGUGGUAAGUUACGGUAUCUAUUUUCUCUAAUCCUCUCUCAAAAACACUCUCUUUUUCAGUAUAAUGGAUGUGUUUUGGAUACGUCUGCCACGACACAUGAAGAACAAAUGAUUGCGGAUACGGUAAGUGCACUUGGAUUCGAAAAAAUCAAAUUCAAAUAUUUUCUAUUCUAGAAAAACGCGGCAAAAAUGAUGGAAAUUGCAGCGGCUAUGGGACCAAUUACACCGCAUGUUAAGUGAGUUUUUUCGGGUUACUGUAAGUGAAAGGAUUUUAGAACUACAGUAUCUUUCUAGAAAGUGUUGAUCAAUUUCGAAGAUUUCUUAAUUGACUGAAUAUUGGAACUACAGUAAUUCUAAUUCUAAUAAAGUUAAUUAAUUAAUUAUCUCAUUGUUAUAGAAUGAUGAAAAAUUUCGUGGAACUUUGCUCGACAAAUGACUACAGUAUAAUUCAUAAUACAAUUCGUGAAAUGGAAGAUAUGGCACAAAAUCGACCGACUCAUUUCAUUUUGAUUAUGAUGGCCAAAGUUUAUCUGAUGACUGGAAAUAUUCAAAGUGCAAAACAAUUAAUGGAUCAAGCUGAACAAUGUUCGAAUACACGAUAUUUGAAAGCUGGUGUUUAUUUGCAAUCAGCGUGAGUUUGAAACAUGCAAAUUCGCCCUAUUGCAAUCUCUCCGCUCAUCUCAAAUGUUGUCCUCAAAAUCCCUAUUUUUCAGCGAUCUUCACUUGAACAAACCAAAUGAAGAAAGAGCAAUUGAAGUCAGUCGAUGUGCUCAAAGUGCUUUGGAAUUUGAUGAAUUCAAUUGCUCAGCUCAUAUUUUGUUGUUAUUAGGAACUAAUGGACCAGAUCCAGUUAUGAAAAGGUGAGAUAUUUUGGGGAAUCGGAACAUUUUGAAUUAUUAGACUGAAUAAGUCCGGAGACGAAUUUUUCUAUCGAAUAAUAUUGCAAAUACGCUCCAGUAACAACUCAAUUUUUACAGAGAUGUGUUCGAAAAAUCACAACACCAUAUUUCACACGCCGCACUUUUUGCUCCACCCAGAGAAUUGAUGAUGCUCAAAAGAAUGUGGCCAUUGAUUGACGCGAAAAAACGAGCUGCCGAACUUGUUGGACAAUAUUAA